GCAGCCUCCCCAGCUUCCGCGGCCUGGAAGGUGACUGCCGCGCAGCCCUGUUUCCCCAGCGCAGGCCCCGCCCCGCCGAGCUGGGCGCCCGGGACCGCAGCGACGCGGUGCACCGCCUGCCUUUGUAGAGUGAGCCUGAGUCGUCUCCAGCGCCGGAUCUUUCUCCUCCACUUGGCCCCCUAAAACCACUGCCAUGCCUGUGACAGUGACCCGCACAACCAUCACGACCACGUCGUCGUCGUCCUCGACAGUUGUGGGUUCUCCUCGGGCCCUGACACAGCCCCUGGGCCUGCUCCGCCUCCUGCAGCUGGUGUCCACCUGCAUAGCCUUCUCGCUGGUGGCCAGCGUGGGUGCCUACACGGGGCCCAUGGGCCACUGGUCCAUGUUCACCUGGUGCUUCUGCUUCGCCGUGACCCUUGUCAUCCUGCUGGUGGAGCUGGGUGGGCUGCAGGCACAUUUCCCCCUGUCCUGGCGGAACUUCCCCAUCACCUACGCCUGCUAUGCCGCACUCUUCUGCCUGACGACCUCCAUCAUCUACCCAACCACCUUUGUGCAGUUCAUGGCUCACGGCCGCUCCCGUGACCAUGCCAUCGCGGCCACCACCUUCUCCUGCGUCGCGUGUGUGGCCUAUGCCACCGAAGUAGCCUGGACCCGGGCACGGCCCGGUGAGAUCACGGGCUACAUGGCCACUGUGCCCGGGCUGCUCAAGGUGCUGGAGACCUUCAUAGCCUGCGUCAUCUUUGUUUUCAUCGGCAACCCCGACCUGUACCAGGGUGUGCCGGCCCUGGAGUGCUGCGUGGCGGUGUACGCCAUCUGCUUCAUCCUGGCGGCGGUGGCCAUCCUGCUGAACCUGGGCGACUGCACCAACGUGCUGCCCAUCGCCUUCCCCAGCUUCUUGUCGGGCCUGGCCCUGAUCUCUGUCCUCCUAUACGCCGUCGCCCUGGUCCUCUGGCCCCUCUACCAGUUCGAUCAGAGGUACGGCGGCCACCCCCGCCGGGCGUGGGAUGUUGCCUGCAGCUACAGACAUACCCACUCCGUGUGCAACUGGGACCGCAGGCUGGCGGUGGCCGUCCUCACGGGCAUCAACCUGCUGGCAUACCUGGCCGACCUGGCGCACUCUGCCCGCCUGGUGUUUGUCAAGGUCUAGGGCUCACUUGGCUUCCUCCCCAGGUCCUCUGUCCAACCCUUUCACUCUGAGUUUCCAGCACUGAGACCUCAUUUCCUCUUCCUCUCCUCCCAUCCGUUCCUCAUCCACUUCCUGCUUCUUGUCUCCCCUCCUCUCCUCUCUCACCUCCUUCCCUUCCUAGUGGCUUGGGGACCCAUGUCCUGCCUUGCCCCUCAGCUGUCUCUCCUGACGCCGCUCCUUCCUGCCUUCUAUUUCUCUACUCCAGUCCGAUCUCCCCACUGGUUUCUCAUCUGCCUGUGUCCCAGUGUGAGCCCUGAGCCCCUCCCUGUCUCCCACCUCACCUUCGAAGGUGCUGAGCUCCACACAACCACACUUUCUCUGCAGCUGUUCAUGCCGUGGCCUCCAGAGGGGCCUCAUUGCCAAAGCAUGCCCGCCCACCCUCGCUGUGCCUUAGUCGUGUAAAUGUGCUGUGUUUGGGGAGGGGGGUGGCUAGGGACCUGGUCUUCUUUCCCCUAGUGGAGGAUGCUGUACAAUGCACCUCCCCUUCAUGAGACGAAAACAGUUCUCUGGAGGUCAACCAUUCUGGGGGGGCGGGACGCUUUAAGCACAGAUUCUGGGUUCUGGACCCACCUGGCCCCAAGCCCUGCCUGAUACUGGCUCCAGAAUUUUUGCCAGGCUUAUGAAAAACUCACUGCCUAGAGGCCAUCUUGGAGGAAACAAGAGGUGGCUGUCUUUCAUCCCAGCUGUCCUUUGUGCUACUAGCAAGAAAAAAAAA